AUGCUACGUUUUCUGCUCACAUCCAUCCUCCACGUCGCCGAAUCAAGGGCAGACAAAAGAAUUGGAUAUCUCUUUGAGAGUGCAUUGUCAUUAGACGUACGAUGGGAAGUGCGAAGCUGGUUAUGGCAGCUCAUGUGCGCGGCUUCGAGAGAGCCAUGGUCGAGCAUAGACGUAGUACUCGUCGAAGCGAGACCAAAACACAGUAUAAAAAUUCUUCAUACGCCAAGAACUGAUGCGUCACACAUGGGCGGCUGUGAGUGA